GCUUUGUUUACAUUCCCGCCGGCAUGUCAUAAACACGUGGGGGCGCACAGAGAACCGAUGCUAAAACAUAUUAGCCAACUACACUUUCGAUAGCAUCAAAACUCAAUGUAAUAAGGUGUUGUGACCUCCGUGGUGAUGUUCGGGGGCUACGCGGACAGGGCGGAGCUAGAGGAUGAGCUGUACGCGGAGGAGUCCGAGGGGUCAGAGGGUGACGACAGUGAACUAGAGUUCAGACUCUACAGCCAACUCCACUACUCCUCUAACCCCGGAGACAGGGAGGGGGUGGAGGAGGAGGUGGGAGACAGGCACCUCUCCUCCAGCCACAGAGAGAAGGAGGAGGUGGAGGAGGAGGUGGGAGACAGGCGCCUCUCCUCCAGCCACAGACAGAAGGAGGAGGUGGAGGAGGAGGUGGGAGACAGGCACCUCUCCUCCAGCCACGGAGAGAAAGAGGAGGAGAAGGAAGAUGGGAGCAAGGCCAAACGACAGCAGCCACCCCUGUCACAUGAUCAUGGUAACAGAGAUCUACGACAACACCUGCUGGGGGACGCAGAGCAGAAACAACAGAAAGUCAAACUGAAAACCCAACAGGGGAGGAAACGGCAGAGAGGUCUCUCCAAAGGUGACCCCAGACGUCAAAGGUUGUUCCAGGAGGUCGUCGUCAUCGACUCGAGUCAAGACGACGUCAUCACAGUGUCAGACAACACCGAGGAAGAUGACGGGGUGUGUAGCUUGAAAGGUCAGAGGUUAAAGAAAGGACCCCUGCAGGCCUCGACCCUGGGACAACAGGUAUGGCGACAGAGUGUGUCUUCGGCUUGUUCCUAG